AUGCUGGGAGGAAGUUUGCGUCGCCAGUUGCUUUGCAACGCCCAAACUCGGAUCUGGAGAUCCUUUUCCAGCACUUCGCCAGCAAGGGCAGAUUUCACCCAUGUUGUGAUUGGCGGUGGCGUGGUCGGCUUGGCCGUAUCACAGCGCUUGGCGGCAGCGCAUCCCGCGAGCACAACGUUGCUGCUGGAGAGACACGGGCACGUGGGCACCGAGACGUCGUCGCGCAACAGCGAAGUCAUCCACGCGGGUCUGUACUACGGGGCCACGUCGCUCAAGACGCGGCUCUGCGUGCGCGGCAAGGAGCAGCUCUACGCCUUUUGCGAACAGCACGCCGUGCCCCAUCGCCGCACCGGCAAGUGGAUCGUCGCCCAGACCGACGACGAGCGCGACGCCCUCGAGCGCCUGCACGUCUUUGCCCGCGACGAGAUUGGCGUCCCGACGCGCUGGAUCGACGAGGAGGAGCGCCGGCGCGAGGAUCCCGAGGUCACGGGCCGCACCGGCAUUCUCGAGAGCCCCACCUCGGGUAUCGUCGACUCGCAUUCGCUGAUGCUGGCUCUGCACGGCUUGUUUGAGGAGCAAGGCGGCGUGACAGCGCUCAACUCGAACGUGACGGCCAUUGAGCCGCUGAGCGGCAGCGGGGGCAAGCCCGGCAGUGGAGGCUGGCGGAUUACGGUGAGAGACAGCGACACGGGUGAGGAGAGCUCCAUCGAGACCGAGACAUUGGUCAAUUGCGCAGGCCUGGGCGCCGCCGACGUGCACAACAUGAUUGCGCCGCCGGAGCAGCACACGCGGCUCUACUAUGCCAAGGGCAACUACUUUUCCUACGCCGCUUCGCACCCCCGGGUCAAGCGCCUCGUCUAUCCCAUGACUAUGCCGGGCGCGGGCGGCCUUGGCACCCACCUGACCCUCGACAUGGCGGGCCGCGUCCGCUUCGGCCCCGACGUGGAAUGGGUCGAGGACCCGACGGACCUCCAGGUCAGCGCCGCCCGCCUGGCCCCCGCCGUCGAGGCCAUCCACCGCUACCUACCCAAUGUGGACGUGAGCGCGCUGGCAGCCGACUACGCGGGCAUCCGGCCCAAGCUCGGCAAGGCGGGCGCCGUGGGCCAGGGCAAAGGGUUCUACGAUUUCCACAUCAAGAAAGAAGACGGCUUUGAGGGCUGGGUUAACCUCUUGGCUAUUGAGAGUCCCGGGCUGACGAGUAGUCUGGCUAUUGGAGAUUUGGUUGAACAGCUCAUGUAUGGUAGCACGACGCCAGAGUCAUAA